AUGUUAUAUUCCGUCUUAUUCAGCACUUUGUUAUUCGUAACAGAGAUUUUUGCUUCUACACAACAAAUUCCAAUUGUUCUUGAGUUACCAGCUCAUUCUAGCGAAUGUCUAUAUGAAGACUUACACAACCCAGAUGAUACUAUUAAUAUCAGUUAUCAAGUUUUAACUGGUGGUAAUUUUGAAAUUGAUUUCAAGAUUGAAGCUCCAGACAAGAGUGAGUUAGUUAGUGAAGUUCAAAAGAAAUAUUCCGAUUUUGCUUUGAAAUCGUUUGGUCUAGGUCAAUAUAAAUUCUGUUUUUUUAACAACUAUGGUUCUGAUUCCAAAAAAGUCGAAAUAAUUUUAGGUUUAGAGAGUCGUUUAGUAUCUGUCAAAGAUGUAGAAGAUGAUGACGAUGGAAAGGAUGCCGUUGCUAACAAUGCAAUUGAAGAAAUUGAUAGAAACCUUGAUAAGAUCACGAAAUCUUUGAACUACUUAAGAGCUAGAGAAUGGAGAAACAUGUCUACUGUCCAAUCAACAGAAUUCAGAAUUACUUGGUUGUCAUUAUUGGUUAUCGCUGUUAUGAUCGGUAUCAGUGUUGGUCAAGCCUUUAUUAUUCAAUUCUUCUUCACUAAAAAUAGAAAGAAUUAUGUCUAA